GUAGUCGUUGUCAAUUUGUUAGAUUACUUGUUAGAUAUUACUGCACUGUCAGAACUAAAAGCGCAAGCAUUUCGCUACACUCGCGUUAACAUCUGCUAACCAUGUGUAUGUGACCAAUUUUUUAGAACUGAAAUGUAAUCCUUUCUGGAACUUGAUUUCUGGCCAGGGCUGCUAACGGUCUUGGGUCCCAAUAUAAGUAUCUUGCAUUGUUAGAGGACAAGACACAUGUAUGUGAACACUUCAACACAAAACAUCGUUUUUAUUCUCUGAAAAAAAAACACAUGGUAAAACUUUUCCCCAAAGUCGUCAUUGCAUAUAAAUACAUAUCAUAAGUCAAAUAAUAAUAUUUGUAAAUGUUUAAGUAUCCUCUAGUUUACAAAAUAAAGGGGUAGAAGAAAUUAGAUUAGUCAAAAUUUGUAGCAAUAAGUGUUCAGCGUUUCACCAUGGUCCUUUUUGUUCCUUGUUCAUAAAAAUACACAGACAUUCUUCAAUCUUCCCAUCACCACGGAAUGGCCUCAAUUCUAAUCCCAUUCAUUUUCAGUUACAUGGAUGAGUGUGGGUUUGAGAGAAUUUGGAACAAAACAACAGAAAUUGGUAGACUACUAAAAUAUACAGCAACAGGAGAGGCAAAUAUAGCCUGGUAACAGCCCAGUUUGUGCUUUAUAACCAACCUGCCGUGUAAGCAACAGUUUAUGGCAUACAAUGACUGACAGAGGAGUUGGAUAAAGAACAUACGAAUCUGCUACCAGGCUAGGUUAAAUAUAUCUCCUGAUUCAAAGUAAUAAUGUCAAAAUGCACUUUUCAUUUGAUACCCUCUGUUUACUCUAUUGUUCUACUCUAGCAAAUGUACAAAUACUUAAUGUCAAAAGGUCCACUGCCUUCAGCAAUGUAUUAAUUCCAGUAUAACUCAUCUUUUUUCCUUCCAAACUACCAGGUGUGGGAGGCACAGUCUUCAAUCUUUCUUCACAUUCAUCUAGUAGGAAACACAUUUAACUAUGUAUUCAUACCACACAGUUAAGUACGAACAACCCCUAAAUGUGUUACAACUUAAGUUAUAUUACAGUACAUGUUAGUCAGUCUUUCUGGACACUUUGGGAUAAUAAAUACAAUACUGCAUAUCCCAUUGCCACACUUUACAAGUGUGAUCACUUUCUUUGAAACCCUCAUUCCUAGAAAUCCCCCCCCCAAAAAAAAACACAAAAAUAUGUAGAAAACAACAUACAAAACAUAAUUUAAGGUCCUGAACAAUCAUUCUGAUUCCCAUGUAAAAUAGCCUUUUGAGUGACUAAAACAUCACACACUAUUAGUUUUCCAAGAACACUUAUCUGAGUAAAAGUACUUUUUAUCUCAUGUCAAACAACCAGGAAGCCUGAAAAGACACACUGAGUGGGCAGGGAGGUAAUAGGCUGAGUGGGCAGGGAGCUCACCUUGACUGACAUUUCUUGGAAAAAGCCUAUGUCAAGCAACAUGGACGCAGUGUUGCGGUGAGAUUAUCUCAAGCAAAUUUGCUGAUACACAAAGCAAUGGUACAUGGUUUCACAAAAAAUGCUCCUACGGACACUGAGGAGCGGUAGUCUUGUGGGCGAAAACAGCUCGUUGAUGAGUGGUCAAAGGAGAAUGGCAAGAAUCGUACAUGCGGGCCACAGACAAAUAAAGGCGCAUUACAACAGUGGUGUGCAGAACGGCAUCUCGGAGAGCACAACUCGUCGAUCCUCGUGAAGGAUAGGCUAUUACAACAUAUGACCACACCAAGUUCCACUCCUAUUAGCUAAAAACAAGAAGCGGCUCCAGUGGGCACGCGAUCACCAACACUGGACAAUUGAGGAGUGAAAAAAGAUUCUCUGGUCCGACGAAUCCCAGUUCCUGUUGAGUCAGAAUUUGGCGUAAGCAGCAUGAGUCUAUGGACCUAUCCUGCCUUGUGUCAACGGUACAGGCUGGUGGUGUACUGGUGUGUGUUUUCCUGGCACAUAUUAGGUCCCAUGAAACCAAUUGAGCAACGAUUGAACGCAAUAGCGUAUCUAAACAUUGUUGCUGACCAAGCUCAAUAUAGCAUCUUUGGGAUGAGAUGGAAUGGGCUGUUCGCAGCAUGAAUGUACCGCCGUCCAAUCUGCAGCAACUGCGUGGUGCUAUCGCGUCAGCAUGGACCAACAUCCCCGUGGAACAUUUCUGACACCUUGUAGAAUCCAUGCCCCAAAUAAUUCAGGCUGUUCUGGAGGCAAAGUGGUCUGACCUGGUACCAGAUGUGUGUACCAAAAAAAACUGUCCGGUGAGUCAGGCUUAGUCCAUAUAUCAUGACUAUUAGUGAUAGUCAAGAAGUUUGGAUGAAUCUCCCUUUUGGCAUGUGUAAUUGUAUGACAACUGUAUCUGAGUUUUGGGCAACCCUUCUCCCGCUUUUGUUCCAUGCUGGCUGAAGACUGAGCUAGUCAGUUGCUAGCUGACACCAGACACGGCUGAAAGUAAAAACCUAAGUAUAUUUGCUUUAGAUGAAUAGGGGCAGGCCAACCUCACAUUCAAUUCGCGCAUUUAUGUACAAAAUGUAUUUCAGCAGAUUUCGUGCGUUUUUGUGCAUUUUUGUGUGGUUCAAAUCGUGCGAAAAGACACGAAUUUAACCAGUAGGCGACACACAAGCAUUUGCAACAACCAUAGACGCGAUAGCCUGUAUUUCAUUAUUUAUUUAUUUUACGUUAUGAAUAUAUAGAUAUUUUGUAUUUUUUUAUCCCUAUUAGAACAUUGUAGUUGUAUGCCUAUAUGUACUGUUUUCGAUUUUUUGGAACAGACUUUUCAGUAUAGAAUGAAUGUAAGCAAUACAUGAUGGCGAAUUGUGUUUUAUUCGGUUGUAGUUCCAUGUAUUUCUUACAAAAAACAAACGUGUAAACCAUUUUUAUUGACCAGAAUGUAACUGAAAAUACAAUAGCAGCCUUGCCGUUGUCCAAUACCAAAACACAUUUUUUUUUUCGUACAAAAUUUUGGUAAACGUAUGCAGUCAAUGUAGUCUUAAAUUUUGUUAGCCAACCAAAAUGACCAAAACGUUAACCCUUACUAAGGCUAGGGUGGAAUUGUACAAUGAGCUGGCUGAGUGUAAAUACAUGGCUCUGAGUGUAAGCACCUUUUCACUAGAAACCUUCUUGUGUUCAAAUGACCGUCAGUGCGAAAUAGCUAGAAAGCUUUCGUAUUUCCACUUGGCUGCACCUACGGUGAUGAGAACGAUAAAUCAAGUGCAAUACCUGCGUCGACCUGUGACGAGCAGCAAAACACCGGAAAGCUUCUCGGCUACCGGAAAGUUACAAGAAGAACAAGAAUGGUUACCUCAUCCGGUCAUGUGACAUUUGUUGUUUAUAGAUUGUUCGCCCACAGCAGACGUCUAGAGACCCUGGACAGAUAACAGGAGAGAGGGACCCUAGGAGGGAUGUAAAGGAGUUGAUGAAAUCCUGUUAAGACAGACAAUCAGAUGGUAUGGCCUCUGAGGACCCACAAGACCAACUGGAUGAGGCUAUUAAAAAGGCAGAACGCCUUGCUGAAGAGCUCAACCCAGAGAAGGACCCACAAGCCCAACUGGACGAGGCCAAAAAGGCUGGCUGAGGAGCUCAACCCAGAACGGGAAAAUAAGAAGAAAAAGAGAAACAAGCCUCCAGGGAUUAGGUUCAGAUGGAGACAAAGGGAUGAGAAAGGACAGAUUGUUCCUCAAACCAGGAAGGCAACUACAUCCACUUCUGUUGCUCCAAGGGCCAGUACAUCUAGAGCCAGACUAGUGCAACAUUUUGGGCUAGUCACUGAGGAGGAAGAAUUAGAGACAAGGACCAGUGGAUUGGAAUCCACUCCAGUUUUAAACAUUGAUGAAGAAAUAGCAAUACUUCAUCGAAAAAUUAACAUCCUCCUAGCUGACUUAAAAGACCCUGAGUGUUCAAAUCCUGCUGUGCCUGGUGCAUCACACAGUUGGAGUGUGAGGAAGGAACUCUCACAGGAUAGGUGGAGGGAGUCCAGGCCUGAGAUUGUAGAUUCUCUGCUGGCUGCAGAGCAUGCUUCUCAGAAGAUCUGUCAGUCAUGCAAUGUGAAAAUGGCUAUUCUGCGAUGUAGAGACUGUCUGCCGAAACAGCUUUACUGCGAAGACUGCGAUCUCUCUAUACAUGCAAAGUUCCCCCUGCACAACAGACAGUCCAUGAUCGAGGGAUUCUACACGCCCCUUCCUCCAACUACAGCCAUAUCUCUCCACAGUGAUGGCAAAUAUGCACUUCAUGAACAGGAUUGUUUCUUACCAUUGGACGUACCAGAGGUGAUAUGUGGUUGCCUGACUAGCACCUUCCAUGUUGGCCCUGGGAAACAUAUCAUCCUCAUAGGAAUAAAUGGUCUCUACAAUGUUACAGUGCCUGUGCUGACCUGCACAACCUGUCUCAGCACCUGGACAGCAAACUUGGCAGAUCUGAUAAAGAAUGGGUACUGGCCUGCCACUGUCAACUGUGACACCAUAUACCAGGUAGAUGUCUUCAGCUCUUUUGAGGAGCUGAAAGUGUCAGCCCCAGGAAUGUCCCGUCUAGCGUUUAUGCGGAUUUUGGAGCAGCGAACUGACUUCUUUGGCAGGAAUGAAAUGAUCUGUGGGGACACUUUCCAAAAAAGCUUCUUUGAGUGGACGUACUGCCGCUCUGAAAUUGAUCAGGUCUGUGAUAUACAGUACUUUGACUGCCCAGCCUGUUCACCCAGCAUGCUUGCAGUGUCAGUGGACGGGAACAAGAAGCUGUAUCGAUUCAAAAAAGGAUAUGUAAAACUAUUCAUAAUUGAUUAAAUAACACCGUACUCUAUAUCAUUUAAACAAUCCAAACAAGGUUUGCCUUUUCUUUGUCCAGUGUGAACGUUUUCAAAUGCAGUUGAGUUCAUUUUAGCUUAAAUGUUUUGCGUUUGUAAUGAAAUUAAUUAUCAACAUUGUCAAGUGUCCACAAUCAGUUACUGAGGUUGAUUGCUAUUUCAUAUGUAAUAUAUUUAAUGUAUUUCACGUAUCCUUUCAAGGACUGAUGACAAAGGAUUCUUUGAUGGCGUGUUUAUCUGCAAGGAUGAGGAUGUGUCUGACUUUGUGAACUAUGUCCAUACAAAGACUUAACAUCGUUAUGGAAAAGGGGUAUGUGGAGCAUCCCAGUGGACAGCAGCUAAAGAGUCGUCAAGGAAAACAAACGACAACUUGAUGAAGAGGGACUCGAAGUUGCCGUCUGCCGCCACGGAAUACUUCUAAGGAGCCUCAACAUGAUGCGUGGAGAGAUAUUUGCGUACCCACUGUUCUUGCAGAAGGAAUUGUCUGGCAGCAGGAACAUACAAUUCAUGUGUACAGAUGUGAUCUGCAAAUGUUGGCCAUACCUGACCAAAGUUGCCCUUCAUUGUCCAGAGCUCGCCACUCUUCUAGACAUGAAGCCACUUCUUUCCGUCAUGCAUGCAAAGGCACAUCGUUUGAAAUGCCAGAUUAAGUGGGGAGGACGGAAUCAGGAAUGAGCUGGCACAACUCUGGGGGAGGAAGUGGAACAAGGGAACAGCUUCUUGUCGAGGGCUGCAAUCUGUUCCAAGCAAAUGUCCAAAGGACAUUUUAAGGUUGUUCUAUUCAGCUAUGUUAAUACUUAUCUGGAAUAAGGACUUCUAUUUGGCUUUUCUAGCAAGAACAGACAUGCUAACCAUCCAGGCCAUGGGGUGGAACAGAAGGAAUAAGAACAACCUGCACAGAGUAUUGUCCAGAAGAUACUUGAAGAUUCAAAAAUCAUUGAAUCAGUUAGAAGCUGGGAGCAGAGGUCUCUUCUCCAUGCUUCAGAGGAGAGUCAGCAGCCUCAGAAGACACCAGGACUCUGUCAAACUGAUAUACAGCAAAGCUAUGGGCCAAGACACCUCCCUCCUAGAAAAUAACUUCAUAGAUGACCUCCUGGAAGAGGACCUAGAUGACAUCUAUGACCGCAUCCACUACAGCUUUGAUGACGAGGAAUCUAUCACAGACUGAAGGUGUUCGUUUGGGUGGGUGCAGUUUGCACUGGUUGAAAAGUGAUUCCAUUUGUUUUGCAUAUGUGCUUUAUCUGCCUUCCUAAGGAAAAAUAGUUUGAACAUUUUAUGGAAAAAAACCUUUUGUUUCUUCCUUGUUGACAAUGUGAUCAUGUGGCACAGAUUUGAGAAGGGCGCUCGUCUAUUACUGCUUUUGCCCGGUUACAUGACCAGGUCCGAUGCACCCCUUUAAAUGGCCAAUCUGCAGUUGCUACAUCCACUUUUGGAUUCUUGAAGAAUAUAAUUUAUAAAUGCCUCAUGAACAUAGUUCAACUGCCGUACCCCAUCAGAUCCCAAAAUAUAUAUUUUUUUCUACUCCAAUGUUUGUAAACAAAGUAAAUGUAAACAUACACUAGCAUGUGUCAAACUCAUUCCACGGGUGAGCCGAGUGUCUGCGGGUUUUUGCUCCUCAAAUGAUUGAUGAAUUAAGGUCACUAAUUAGUAAAUAAUUCCCCUCACCUGGUUAUCUAGGUCUUAAUUGAAAGGAAAAACCAAAAACCAGCAGAAACUAGGCCCUCCGUGGAAUGAGAUUGACACCACUGGACUAUAGCCUGGAAACAUUGUUUAAACUAUGGUUACAUUUCUCCAGCCCCAUCCCUCUGCUUUUCACAGAACCAUUGGCGGGGAGAAAGAUUUAUUGUUUCACCUGGUGAUUUCCGAUUUAAACAUUGUUAAACUGUAAUGUACUGUGCUUGUGUGUGCUAAUUAGUUUAGUUAAUAAAAAACUAAAAAAGGUAA